AUGGAGGCGCUGAAUGGCCCCGGACCAGGGCCCGGCGACGCGCUGCGGCCGCCGCCGCCUUCUCCCGGCCACCACCACCCGCACGCCGAGAAGAAGCGGCCGCACCGCGCCCCGUCGCCCGCCAGACCCUUCCUCAAGGACCUGCACGCCCGCGCCGCCGCCAAGCCGCCGCCUGCGCCCCCCAAGUCCCCCGGCCUCCCCGCCCGGGCGCCCCCUUCGCCGCACCCGGGCGCCCACCCUCCGGCCGCGGGGCUGCUGGCAGCGCCGGGCCGCCUCUCCCGCCGCCCCGCCGCCCCGGGGAGCAAGGCGGCCGCCGCCGGCACUGCCGUCGGCAGGGCGGGCGCCAAGCCCGGCGGCGAGGUGGCCCCGCCGCCCGGCAAGGGCAGGAAGGCGAAGCGGGGCGCCGCGGCGGGCAGCGGCCAUGCGGUGGCAGCGGCGCUGGCCCGCGUCGGCCACACGGACAGCAGCUCAGACCUCUCCGACUGCCCCUCCGAGCCGCUCUCCGACGAGCAGCGCCUGGCCCCGGCCGCCAGCAGCGACGCCGAGUCCGGCACCGGCUCCAGCGACCGCGAGCGGGAGCCGCCCGCCGCUCAUCCCGCCGCGCAUCCCGCCGCCGAGCCGCCCCGCGCCGGCCCCGGGCGCGGAGCUCCGCCGGUCCCCAGCUCCCGUGGGGAUGCGCUGCCUGCGGCCCCGGGCGGGGGGCGAACCCCCAGCCGCGCGGAGCCGCCGCCGGCGGCCCCGGAGGAGCUGCAGCGGGAGGUGGAGGAGCUGCGCUCGGAGAACGAAUACCUCAAGGAUGAGCUGGAUGAACUUCGGGCUGAAAUGGAAGAAAUGCGUGACAGCUAUUUAGAGGAAGAUGUUUACCAGCUGCAGGAGCUCCGGCGAGAGCUGGACCGGGCAAACAAGAAUUGCCGCAUUCUGCAAUAUCGUCUCAGGAAAGCAGAACAGAAAAGCUUGAAAGUUGCACAAACAGGCCAUGUGGAUGGAGAGCUCAUUAGGAGCCUGGAACAAGAUUUAAAGGUAGCCAAAGAUGUUUCUGUGAGACUGCACCACGAGCUGGAGAGUGUGGAGGAGAAGCGUGUGAAAGCAGAAGAUGAAAAUGAAGUCCUUCGGCAGCAAAUCAUUGAGGUGGAAGUAUCCAAGCAGACGCUGCAAAAUGAGCUGGACAAGUUAAAAGAGAUUGAGAUAGAGCAUUUAAACAUAAUGAGGUACUGCUUGGUCAUCUUUGAGAUUAAGCAGUUUGAGAAAGUAAAUUUUAGGUGA